AUGGCUUCAAGCUGGAAUCAACACAUACCAGAACACUUGUGGUGCAGUAUAUUCAUACUACUACCCGUGAAGUGUCUUUUGCUACUGAGGAGUGUCUGCAAAAGCUGGAAUCAAGUCAUCAGCGAUCAUUCCUUCAUCGAAUCCCAUCUCGCCCACAACAAAGCCUCCUCGAACCCAAACAAAUACCUUCUACUCUGGAACCAGAGAGACCCCAAUCCUGCACUUGAUCAUGAUUUUCCCUACUUGACAACUCUGGUUGAUUCCAAAACAUAUAGUCACGUUCUUGAGUCGCAUGCACACGACAUGCGUUCCAUGUUUGGUAAAGAUUCAGCCGAACAUGGUUUAGAGAAUUACGGAAUUUGUGAUGGGUUAGUUUGUUUGUCGCUUCCUCAGAAGGUACUCAAGGCGGACUCUCCCAUAUUUUUAUGGAAUCCGGUUGUCAAAAAAGGCAAGAAACUUCCUCCAAUAGAAAACGAAGAAAAACGUCCGUACGUUGAUACUUGUUACUUGUGUUUUGGUUACCAUGGGGGUGAUUACAAGGUGAUCAAUGUUGUACCUUAUCUAAACACAUUGUAUCAUGUUUAUGUCUACAGCUUGAGCACGGAUCAGUGGAAGAAAUCAAGAAUUGCUAAAAACAAUAUUGGUUCUAUUUUUUAUGGUGAAUAUACAAUUAGGCCAUUUCCAGCCAGGUUAGUAAAUGGUUGUGCAUAUUUUCUACAAUAUCCAAAAAAAAAUGGGAUCGAUCAAGUUGUUGCUGUCUUUGAUUUGAGGCAUGAGAUAAUGCGACAGAUAGAUUUGCCUGAUGCUGAUGGCUAUCUCUUUGUUAAACUGGAGGAAUAUUGCGAAAAAACAGUAGCUGUGAUGGGCAAGUCCCUUGGUUCUUAUAUGGUAAUGUGGGUUCUGAGAACUGGUAAUGACCACUCUGUUUCAUGGGAUAAGAAGUUCACUAUCGAAGCAGAAAACAGCAGCAGUCAUUUUUCUGAUAUGGGUUUCAUAAGUAUGGGCAAGCUUGUGCUAAAGAGGUUCGUCAAACGUAAGCCGUUCUUAGCUAAGUACUUCCUCUAUGAUGUAGAAAAUGAAUCGGAACUAGAAUAUACAGCUCCAAUGGGACUAUCAGACGUAGUAAAGAAUCGAGCAAGUCCCCGUAUAAAUGGUUUAACAGAGAGCCUUGUUCUACUCAAUGAAACCACCACGCCAGCUUGUACGAAGAUGCAGCCUGGUUCCUCUUAUCCUUACAAGAAACCAAGGACACAGGACUAUAUGUGUAUGGUUUAA